UGAGAGUGUAUGUGAUACUACCAGUGUACUACCAGUGAAAUACUUUGGCAUUAUCCCAUCUUUGAGUCCCUGGAUUUCUCUCAGUGGUAUGGCAUCAGAGUAUUAUAGCGCUAGAUUGAGAUGUUUGAAGAGCAUCUUUAAGGACAGGGACACUCUCAUCGACAUGGAACUCUUCGUUGAUAAGUUGGCUGAGAAAGACCUUAUUUCCAUGGCUCAAGAAUGGCAGAUAAAACACAAGGCGUAUUCUACACAGAUUGAUGAGACUUUCUACAUCCUCUUUCAAAGAAAUCCCCAGCCGACGUACGAGUGUGUUCUUCAGGUUUUGGAUGAAAUGCAAAGAGAUGAUAUUAAAACAAGGCUCUUCAACUCCUUCGCUAAAAUGAGCUACCGGGCAGUAAGUGGACCUUUUGGAUGCCAGCCAAGCCUGAAGAAAAUGUAUUUCAAGAGGAAAUCUUGAAUGAAAGAAGAAAUAACUCAAAAGCGGAGGGAAACCAUAUUUCUUGCUUCAUCGGGAAAAUGCGUGGGCGGAUUUCUCCUCUUGACCUUGAAUGGACUCCACUAUCUUAUCUCAUGCAACAUUAUUGCCUAACCGAUGCCACUCCUCCGGUCUACUUCAUCGGAACAGUUCUGCACAUGUUUCCUUGAAUAUUUUGUCUGGUGUAUGUCCCCAUAUGUGUGGCAUUCGAGGUACUCUCAGGGAAAUGCGGCAAUCCAGAAAGUUUUAC